AUGGAUCUUGAGAAGUUAACGGUAAUUGGUAAAGAAUUGGGUUUCACAGGGGCUUCGCUAAAGCAAUGGAUAGACAAAGAACGCGCACGCGAAAGAGAGGAGCGUCUAACAGAACGAGAAAGGACUCGAGAAGUGGAAGCUCAAACGAGCGCUCGUUUAGAAGCAGAACGCACUGUGCUAGAGCUGACGUCGCGGUUACAAGAGCAGCAAGGAGGAUCGAUCGCUCGGGUUCCAGAUGCAUCUGAUCAGGGUACGUCUCCUAGUGUCGCGCAGGGGUAUCGAAGUCCACAUAAACUUAUACCUCCCUUUAACGAAAGGAGCGAUGAAUUGGAUGCAUACAUCCAACGUUUUGAGCGGGUGGCAACAAGUCAAGGAUGGCCGCCGGAAAAAUGGGCCUUGUCCUUGAGCCUAUGUUUGAAAGGAGAAGCGUUAAGCGUAAUAGGACGCAUGGCUGCCGACGAUGCCAUGGACUAUGAUAAACUGAAGCAGACCCUUCUCCAACGAUUUCAAUAUACUGAGAAAGGAUAUCGUGUCCAGUGCAGGGAGGCGAAACCAGAGAACUCCGAAACGGGAAGACAAUUUUCUGGUCGUCUAUUAGGUUAUUGUGACCACUGGCAGGAGAUGGCAAGGACGGAGCGCACUUAUGACGCACUUCGGGACAAAAUUGUCUCCGAAGAGUUUCUGAACAAAUGCCACGAGAAACUAGCAAUUUUUAUAAAGAAAAGGGGCUGCCAAGGGCUCGACAAGCUAGCAGAAACUGAAGACCACUACCUCGAGGCCCAGGGGCUGGUCAACCUCGGCAAAAAGAAAGAAGAGACUGACAAGCCGACAGGGCAAGUUAGGAUGUCUGAUCCUCAAGGUGCAAAGAGAAAUCUGCAGUGCUUCCUUUGCAAUAAACAAGGCCAUCGGGCAGCAGACUGUUGGGCAAAAUCAAGAGGACCCGAUCAGAAGACGAAUUUCUGCUGGAAAUGUCGCAAAAACCGGCAUAAAGCUGAGGCUUGUCCGAAGAAGACAGACGGUGGUGGACAGGCGUCAUGUUCUCUGACACGUCAGAAGGAUCGUAACGUCUACGGAUCUGGAAGUCGUCCAUCUGAACGCCUUGCUGGGAAAGCUGAAGAGGACAAAACGGGAACUGACGUUCAAGCAGACGGCAUGCCCACGGCUACAGGACUACUUGAAGGUCAUCAGGUCACCGUCCUGCGAGAUUCUGGGUGUAACUCGGUCAUAGUCAAGCAGUCACUGGUUCCUGACGUCAAAUUUACAGGACGAAACCGCGUUAUCAUCCUGCUCGACCGGACAGAAUUGUGUCUGCCUGAAGCGGUGGUUGACAUUGAUUCCCCCUAUUUCCAAGAGCCAAACGAGUCACAGACCGGGGCCGCAGCUAAGCUGGCCUCGCGAAACUCUGGUCAAUUACCUGUGGCGGUAGUGAAUCCAUUGGCCAUCAACUCGACGGAGCUGAGCGCCAAGCAGAGAGAAGACAGUACCCUCCAAGAUGUUUUGAAGCGGUUGGGAACAAAGUUGCUACAAGAUCAGCUGACAUUGAGGUCACACUAA